CAUAAAUAAUUAAGCAACACUCAAUAUGCUUUAAGUUUCCUUUAAAUUCAGCUUCAAUCGUCAUCAAUCAUGUGCACUUUGCUGUCUCUGCAACAUAAAAACAUAAAACAUUUUUCAUUAAUAGCAAUUGGUAAUGACUGUGAGUCUAUUAAAUUGCAAUCAGUGGAGCUUCAAUCAGCGUCAAUCAUGACCCUACACUUGCGGUUUUGGUUGCUAGGGUUAAGGUUUUCGUUUCAUUUCAUUUUGGCUCCGACUGCGGCUGAGUCAGCUGCCAGGUUAUUAAUUUGUUGUGGCCUUAUUAGCCGUCAUGGCAACCGCAGUUCCAAGUAGACAGCCAGACAGACGGAGAAGCCGGAAGGGCGGCGAGCUAUGGUAAAAUGUUGUAGGCAAAGCAAAGCGCAACCUAGUCACGGCCAGGGCCACAACAAAAAAGAACGCCAAAGCGAAAGGAUUGCACAAAUUAAACCUCAUCUUGAAAAUUAAAACCAAAAAAAUAGAGAAAUAACCACAAAAAAAUAAACAAGAAGAAGAGGACAGCGAAAGGGACAAGAAGAAAAAAAAGAUGACUUCACCGCUGGCCACCCUAGAGCUGCAGUACUUCAAGGCUGUCUCGCUCUACCGUCGUCGCAGCUACGAACCCUGCGUCGGAGUUUGCAACGCGCUGCUCCAAGCUGGCCACGAAAACCAUGUGCAGAUGUUUGCCGGCGCUGCCAAAGGAGAAGAUGACGAGCAGGAGCAACAACAGCAACAGCAAGCGGAGCACUUGCAACGCAUUGGACCCAGACAGCGACGUCGUCGGGAUCAAGAGGGAUCAGGAGCUGGAGGCAGCAUGGGCAGCAACUCAAUUAUGCCCACGUGGCUGAUGGAGAGCGUGUGGCAACUCAAGAUGCGGGCGUUGACCCAACGCGUCUAUUUAGACGAUCUCGAAGUGGAUGAAGCAGAUGCAGGAGUCAAUGAGGAGGUGGAGUUUGAGCGCAUUGCAACGGCGGCGCGUCCCGGGAGCAGUAUCAAGACCGCCUUUCAGCCGCGUCCCAGCACCAGCCAACGACGGGUUCCUUCGAGUGUGACGCACUCCAGCGAUGGACGGUUGAAUAGUGCGCGUCCUGGCUCCGCUUUGAGUCGUCCGGGCUCCUCGCUUGGCAAUCGACCCGCCUCCCGCUGCGGCACCGCGUCCCGAGUGCGCGCAACUUCGGCGGCCGCCUUCAAUGUGGGUGACGCUACCUCAAAGCUUUACCAGGCCUCUCGACUCAACCCAACGAUUUAUGCGGAGCGGGAAACGAUUGUCAAGGCGCUGUUUCAGUUCCUGUAUUACCACGAGGCGGAUGAGCAGAAAGCGUAUUCCCUGUGCCAGGCGGUGACCGAUGUGCAGCGCCAGCGUCCGGCGCAAGGUUCGCUAGCCACGCCCACGAAUCCCGCACGCACCGAUUGGUGGUGGCAACAGCAGCUGGGCAGGUGUUUGUUGGCUCUACACUAUCCACGCCGUGCGGAGCCCGCGCUUCAACAAUCCCUAGCAGCUUUUUCCCACCCGGACACUUAUCUGCUGCUCUCACGACUCUAUCAGCGUCUCAAGCAGCCGGAGCGUGCGUUGCUCCUGAUUGGCCAGGCCCUGGAGCAGCAUCCCUUCGAUGUGACGUUUCGUCUGGAGCAGGCGCGCAUCCACGAGGCCAUGUCACAGCAGGAGGAUGCACUGCAGCUGUAUCGCUUGGCGGCAAAGCUUCAACCGAUUAAUGUGGAGGCGUUGGCCAGCAUUGCCGUUGGCUACUUCUACGACAACAAUCCGGAGAUGUCGCUGAUGUAUUACCGCCGCAUUCUCUCGCUGGGAGUGCACACCGUGGAGCUGUAUUGCAACAUUGCCCUUUGCUGUUUGUAUGGCGGACAGAUAGAUCUGGUGCUGCCUUGUUUUCAGCGUGCGCUUCUCAUGGCUACGCAGCCGGAACAGAAGGCGGAUGUUUGGUACAAUCUAAGCUUUGUUGCGGUUACAUCGGGCGACUUUAGUCUGGCCAAACGCUGUCUGCAGCUCUGCCUCACCUCCGAUGCCCGCGAUGGCGCCGCUCUCAACAAUCUGGCAGUGCUCGCUGCCCACAGCGGCGACAUUCUAGGCGCCAAGUCGUACCUUAAUGCUGCCAAGGAUGUGCAGCCUGAUAGCAGCGAAGUGGUGGCCAAUCUACAAUACAUGGAUCUGCACUACAAGCUGUAAUUGAAGGUCCUUAGACCCGCUAACUGAAUAGCAGGAUAUUCUAGGUUAGGUCUGAACGUCUGUUUGUCCGUUGGUUUGAACAGCUAGAUGUAGGAGGCUAUAGGAGCUAGGUCUUUGAGAUUUGAUGAGCAUAUUCAUGUAAUCAGUAAGCAGCUUAAAACUAUGACCACGCCCCUGACGCCUCUCAAAACAACAAAGAGAGAAUAGUAAGAGUAAUUGUAAGCCUUGAGAAUGGCAUUAGAAUUGAGACUCUAAGAAUUACA